AUGCCCAUCGCCAUCAUCGGCAUGGCCUGCCGCUUCCCCGGCGAUGCCUCCAGCCCAGAGAAGCUCUGGGACCUCUGCGCCCAGGGAAAGAGCGCCUGGUCGCCGAUUCCGGAGAGCCGGUUCCACGCCGAGAGCUGGUAUCAUCCUGAUAAGGGGCACCUCGGCACGUCAUAUGUGAAAGGCGCGCAUUUCCUCACGGAGGAUAUCUCUCGAUUCGAUGCCGCUUUCUUCAACUUCACAGCCGAAUCAGCCAGUACAAUGGACCCCGAAGUGCGUAUGCAACUAGAGACUGUCUACGAAGCCCUAGAGAGCGCCGGGUUGCCGCUGGAACAAGUGGCAGGGUCGCGCACGGGGGUAUACGCAGGCACCUGCUUCCGAGACAACCACGACAGCUUAAUGCGUGAUCCAGACACGCUGGCGCGGUUCUUCCUGACCGGCAACGGCGCGGCCAUGGUCGCCAACCGGAUCUCGCACUUCUUCGAUCUGCGCGGGCCCAGCCUAAUGGUCGACACGGGGUGUUCGACGACGCUGACUCUCCUGCACUUGGCGUGUCAGAGCGUGCGGACGGGUGAGUCGGAGAUGGCCAUCGUGGGCGGGUCGAAUGUCCUGCUCAACCCGGACAUGUUUAUCGCCGGUUCGAAUAUGAGUUUGUUGUCCGAAGCCGGUCGGUGUUUUGCCUUUGAUUCGCGCGCCGCCGGAUACGGACGCGGUGACGGCAUCGCCAGCAUCAUCAUCAAGCCCCUGGUGGCAGCCCUGCGCGACGGGGACCCCAUCCGCGCGGUCAUUCGCAACUCGGCGGCGAACCAGGACGGCAAGACGGCCACCCUCACCUCGCCGAGUCAGCAGGCGCAGGAGGAGCUGAUGCGCGAGUGCUACGACAUGGUAGGGCUCGAUCCCCGCGACACGAGCUACGUGGAGGCCCAUGGUACGGGCACGCAGGCAGGCGAUACAAUCGAAGCCCACGCCAUCGGCCACGUCUUCGGCGCGGGGCGGAGCAGCGAGCGCCCGCUGGUUAUCGGCUCAGUGAAGACGAAUAUCGGCCACACAGAGGCGGCCAGCGGACUGGCUGGCGUGAUCAAGGUGGUUAUGGCGAUGGAGAAACAAGCAAUUCCCCCACAUCUGAACUUCGAGUCUCCGAACGAAAAGAUCUCGCUGGAGGCGCUGAACCUGAAGAUUCCCCUCACUCUGCAGGAAUGGCCAUCGCCUCUGCUGCAGCGGGCGUCGAUCAACAAUUUCGGAUACGGCGGCGCGAAUGCCCAUGUCAUCGUGGAAAGCCCGCAGAGUAUGUUGCUGCCGAUGACUCCAGCUUCCUCGGAGUUGGGCAAUACCCCGAACCCUAAGAAGCGGUCUCGCGUGUUUGUACUCAGUGCCAAGGAUCCCGCUGCCGCCCGCAGCAUGGCCGAGAACCUGCGCGACUACGCCGCCACCUCCCUGGAGAACAGCAGCGGUGAAGACCAGGAACGGAUCCUCGACCAGCUGGCUUUCACUCUCGGACAGCGACGAACCCGAUUCCCCUGGACGACGGCGUGGAGUGGCUCGACGCUGGCUGAUGUCCAGGACACGCUUGGCACCGCCCGGUCAACGGCACAACGCAGCACCCGUGCGCCACGCGUGGGCAUGGUCUUCACUGGCCAGGGCGCUCAGUGGUUCGCCAUGGGUCGUGAGCUCUUUGGAGCCUAUCCGGUUUUCCGUGACACAAUGUAUGAAAUCGAUGCCUGCCUUAAGAACAUGGGUGCCACUUGGUCUGCGGUUGAAGAGCUGCAGCGAGACGCUAAGGAGAGCCGCAUCAAUCAGGUCACCUUCAGUCUGCCGCUGAGCGUCGCCAUCCAGCUGGCCCUUGUGGACUUGUUGCGGUCCUGGGGGAUCCGUCCCGCAGCAGUAACUGGCCACUCCAGUGGCGAGGUGGGUGCAGCCUAUGCUGCCGGUGCCAUCACCCUGGCGGGCGCCAUGGCCAUCGUCUAUACCCGUGGUGAUCUGACGAGCCAGUUUCAGAAACUUCUGGAUCGCCGCGGCGGGAUGAUCGCCGUGGGGCUGGGACGGGAGGAGGCCGAGAAGGCGCUGGCGGAAGUCCAGUCUGGCACUGCGGUCAUCGCCUGUGUCAACAGCCCAUCCAGCGUCACCAUCUCCGGCGACGAAUGUGCUGUGGAGGAGGUCGAGGCUCUGCUCACAGCCCGUGGGGUCUUCGCACGCCGUCUCCGCGUCGAGGCGGCCUAUCACUCGCACCACAUGUUGCCGCUGGCCGAGGCCUAUCGCGUGCUGCUGUCGCGCUACCUGGAGCCGAAUCCUGAAUUCGACUCGACGGUGAUCUACUCGUCCCCAACCACGGGGGACCGGAUGACAUCUGCGGCGGAAAUUGCUCAUCCCGAUCACUGGGUGCGCAACAUGGUGCAGCCCGUCGAGUUCCUCAACUCUUUGCGCAACCUGUGCAGUGAUGCUGCUCCGGGCGAUAGCAGCCCCACCACCGCGGUGGACAUGCUCGUCGAAGUCGGGCCUCAUGGCGCUCUCGCUGGACCCAUUCGGCAGACAUUGGCGCUACCGGAGCUGAAAGAUGCGGGCAUCACCUACGCCUCGUGCCUCUCGCGCGGCCAGGAUGCGGUCCAGACCAUGCAUCAGCUCGCCUGCACUCUCCUGCAGGCCGGCUACCCUGUCGACCUCGAGGCGGUCAACUUCCCCUACGGCCGCAGCGAGGUGCAGGUCCUGACCAAUCUGCCCCCUUACCCCUGGAAUCACGAGACAUCGUAUUGGGCCGAGCCCCGUCGCAACCAAGAACUGCGCGGCCGAACCGUCGCGCCCCAUGAUCUUCUCGGCGUCCCCGCCGCGGCCUCCACCCCGGCUACGCCGACCUGGAGGCACGUGGUGCGUCCCCGGGACAUCCCAUGGGUUCGCGACCACGUUGUGCAGGGGGCGAUUGUCUACCCAGGAGCGGGAUACAUCAGCAUGGUUGUGGAAGCGCUGCGACAGCUGCAAACUCCCGACCAGCCCAUCCACGGCUACCAACUGCAGGAGAUCCGGAUCCGGAAUCCGCUGAUCCUAGAAGACACGGCGGAAGGAGUCGAGGUGCAGCUAUCACUGCGUCCAUGCGGCGAUCGCGUCCGCAACGCUCAGGGGUGGUAUGAGUUCCUGAUCCAGUCCGUGAACCAGACUGGGGAUUCGUGGACCCUGCACUGCGAGGGUCUCUGCUGCACACCGUCUGGCACCCAAGGGACGGGUUGGGCAGGCCCACCGGCGCCGACUCGUGUGCUGCCUUCCACCGUGCCGGUCAGUGCGUGGCGCCCCCUCCAGCCCGCGGAGACGUACAAGACACUACACGAGGUCGGCGUCUGCCACGGUCCAAUCUUUCAAAACUUGGUCUCUGCGCAAUCUGCGCCGGGAUAUUCGCAGUCCGUGUUCCGGGUCGCCGACUCGGCCGCCACCAUGCCCCAGGGAUAUCAGCAGGCGCACGUCAUCCAUCCCACCACACUGGACACGGUGUUCCAGGCAGUCUAUCACAACCUCCCCGCCGGUGGCACGCAGCAGCGCACCGCCAUGAUUCCAACCUCUAUCCAGAACCUGUACAUCUCGGCCAACCUCAUUGCCUCCCCUGGUCACCAUUUCCGCGCCGAUUCGACCCUGGUGAAGUUCAGCGGCCAAGGGUUUGAGUCCUCGGUCCAGGUCAUCAACCAUCCAGGCGUUGACGGAUCGGAAGACCGAGCGGCACCGGUACUCACUCUGGACGGACUUUUCUGCCAAUCCUUGGGAUCUACUGCCGCUGUGCUGACGACGGACGACAAACUCUGCUACACUUCUGUAUGGGCGCCGGAUUUUGAUUUCGUACAGCUCAAGCACCUUCCUAGAAAGACCGAGGCCACCCAACAGCCCAAUCUCUCCCAGCUGCAGGCUGCCGCCGCCGUGUUCAUUGUCGAUGCUCUGCAACCGGUCGAGAAAAAACAGGAGGUAGCCCCCGAGCACCAGCGAUACUGGGAUUGGAUGAAAGGACUUCACGGGCAUAAACGCCCCCGAGCUACGGUGCUCGAAAUCGGUACGGGUAACGUGGCUAGUACACGGAUGUUUGCCAAGGCCCUGACGCGCGAUAAUACACAGCUUUUCACGCGCUACGAGGUGACUGCGCCCAGUAUCGAGCUGGUGGAAGUUUUGAGCAAGGGACACCAAGACCAUACAGGGUUGGAGUGCAAAGUCCUGGAUUUGGAUACGCUGGCGGCAGACCAGGGAUUUAUCCGCGGGUGUUACGAUCUACUGAUUCUGUCGGCUUCGGCCUUGUUGACUGCGAAGAAUGUACUCCAGACCCUCGGCUCACUGCAUGCACUUCUUUCCCCGGGUGGCAAAUGCAUCCUGUGGGGUCCUUCUCUGAACGAUAGUGCCCUACAGACUGUUGUUCGACUCCUCCCACAAUGGGGUCCAGUUUUUGAAGACACCCCCACGUGGCAGAGGCUUCUGAUGCAGGCUGGGUUCGAGUCGAGCAACGUCCAGCUCCAAGAAGCUCUGGGCAGCGGCGGGUACCAAAGCGAGGUGGUGAUGGCGAGCGCGAAAGCCGAUGCGACCCUGGAUUCUCCCGCUGAGCUUGUCCUAGUAUCAGCCACGACUCCUCCAAAAGACUGGCAGCAGACACUCCAGCAAUCGCUACCGGCCGAUGUUAUAUCUGGAAUUUCCGUGGUCUCGUCACUCGCAGACAUCAGCACGGAGGACAAAGUGUGUUUAAUCCUAGACGAGUUGGUUCAGCCAAUCCUCGAGAAUCCGACUGCGGAACAAUUCCAGGAUCUGCAACGUGGGCUCGGCAGUUGUCGGGUUGCCAUGUGGGUAUCACGUGGUGCUCAGGGCAAUGCGGAAGAUCCCCGGAGCAGUCUGCACCAGGGACUUCUGCGUACCUUGCGCUGCGAGAAUACUCUCCGGCGGUAUGUCUCAGUCGACUUGGACCCGAGUGCGCCCGUCUGGACUUCUUUAUCCGCAAUCCAGAUCGCGCAGAUCCUCUGCUACACGCUUACUGCAUCCUCCUCAGAUCUGCCUGAGACCGAGUAUGCAGUCCGUGAUUCAGUAGUUCAAAUCUCUCGCGUCUAUGGCGACGAGCAGGAAGCGCAGCUGGUGGGGACCACGAAGCCCCAAAUGCCCGAGCUGCGACCCUGGUCUUUUCCGGGACAGAAUAUCCGUCUUGGAGUGGCCACCCCGGGACUGCUCAACAGUCUCGUCUUCACGGAGGACCCGACAGUGGACGAGACCCUUCCGGACGAUUGGGUGGAGAUCGAGCCCCGGGCCUUUGGACUCAACUUCCGCGACAUUAUGGUGGCGCUGGGCCAGCUCGACGAGACGCGGAUGGGGUUUGAAUGCAGUGGAGUAAUUAUACGCGCCGGAUCGGCGGCUCAAGCGGCGGGCUUCACCCCCGGGCAGGGGGUGUAUGCAUUCAUUAUCGGCUACUUCGCGACCAAGGUGCGAAUCCCCUUCACCAGUGUGGCUCCGAUCCCCGCAGGCAUGGACUUCGCCACAGCCGCCUCCAUCCCGCUGGUGUUUAUCACGGCGUACCAUGCCCUGGUCGACCUGGCGCGACUCCAGCGUGACGAAACAGUGCUCAUCCACUCGGGCACGGGCGGAGUCGGGCAGGCGGCCAUCAUGCUCGCACAGUCGAUCGGGGCGGAGAUUUUCGUCACGGUCGGCUCGGAGGAGAAACGCGACUUUCUGAUGCAACAGUAUAAGAUCCCCUCGUCGCGGAUCUUCAGUAGCCGGAACGCGUCCUUUGCGCGUCAUAUCAUGUCGGCGACGGACGGCAAGGGGGUGGACGUGGUGCUCAACUCGCUGGCCGGACCGCUUUUGCGUGAGACGUGGCGCUGCAUUGGCAUGUUCGGUCGGUUCAUCGAGAUCGGCAAGCGAGACAUUGAGCAGAAUAGUAUGAUGGAGAUGGGGCCGUUUGUGCGGAGUACGCUCUUCGCGUCGCUGGAUCUGAUCACCCUCGGGGAACAGCGCGGCAAGGAAGUGCACCGCAUCUUCGGGGCGAUUAAUGAGCUGCUGCGACGACGGGCAAUUCGACCAGUGGGGCCGAUCACGCGAUUUGGGAUGGGAGGAGUCGAGAAGGCAUUCCGGACGAUGCAGACGGGAAAACACAUGGGGAAGAUUGUCUUGGAGCCGCGCCCGGCGGAUCCAGUCAAGGUGCUCACCGCCGGGCCCCGACUGGCAGAACUGUCACCUGACGAGACGUACUGCCUGGUAGGCGGUGUGGGCGGCAUCGGCAAGUCCCUCUGCCAGUUGCUCGUCGAUCGCGGCGCCAAACAUCUGCUGGUCUUGUCGCGCAAUGCCGCUCUCAUCACCCCCGACACCCAGCAGUGGCUGCAAGGCGUGCAAGCCACCGGUGCGACCGUGGUGCUAGAGAGCUGUGAUGUCUCCAACCGCGCCCAGCUGCAAGCCGUGUUGGCCAAGUAUCGUGGCGAGUUGCCGCCCAUCCGUGGUGUCAUCCAAGCCGCGAUGGUGCUCAAGGAUGGCAUCUUCGAAUCGAUGACUCGCGAGGACUAUCUGGCCGCCCUCAAGCCUAAGGUCCAAGGAACCUUCAAUCUGCACAGCCUGCUCCCCACUGACCUGCGGUUUUUCAUCCUUCUUUCUUCCAUUAGCGGCUUCGGGGGCAACGCGGGCCAAGCUAACUACGCAGCCGGGGGCAGUUAUCAGGAUGCGCUGGCUCGUCAUCGCGCCAGCCAGGGUCUCCCCGCCGUCUCCAUCGACCUAGGCAUGGUCUCCUCCGUGGGGGUGGUUGCGGGCACUCAGCAUGUUGCCGAUCAUCUCGAGAAGCUUGGUCUGCGCGCUGUUUCGGAGCACGAGGUGUGGGCCUUGGUCGAGGCGGCCAUCCGGCACCCCAUCCGCACCCCAGAAACCUGCCACGUCGUUACCGGUCUCCCCGGUGCAUUUAUCCGCUCGGACUCUGCCGUCUGCUGGAACCGGGACGCCCGGUUCGCCGUUCUCGAGCAGAAGGACGCGUCCUCUUCCGGCCAGGCAUCGACCUCGCACCCUGGAGCUGGUCUGAAAGAGCAACUGUCGGCGGCCAUCACUCCCGCAGAGGCGACAACCGUCAUCCAGAGCGCCUUGGUCAUCAAGCUGGCCGAGAUGUUCAGCCGCAGCGAGGAGGAGAUCGAUCCCUCCUCGCCGCUGGCCCAGUUUGGGGUCGACUCCUUGGUUGCGGUCGAAUUGCGCAAUUGGUCCGUCGCGACGGUACAAGCCGAUUGUUCCAUCUUUGAUGUGAUGCAUGCGGCUUCGGUCACGGGACUGGCAGGCAAGAUGGCGGAGAAGAGCCGAUUGGUAAAGCCGUAG